AUGGGGAACCCUUCGGAUAUCCCCGAGCUCGAACCUGAUGGACCUCACCUGGUCUACCUGGCCCUGUCAUUCUUUCUGAUUAUAUAUGCGCUUUUUUCAGAGUUCAUCAGAAACAAACUACACCUCUCUGAGCCUCCCCUGGCGACCUUGGCCGGUAUUACAUUCGGACCACUCGCCGCUAGUCUUCCGGGCACAGAGAAAUAUGCAAACCAAGACAACAUCACCCAGGAAUUGGCCCGGGUCGUCACAUGCGUCCAGGUCUUCGCAGUAGGCCUCGGACUACCUAGUGCCUAUGUCAAAAAGCACUGGCGAGGGCUCCUUGUAUUGCUCGGACCGAACAUGAUCUUCGGAUGGGUCGUGUCCGCCGUCAUCCUCCGGCUCGUCAUCGGAGUUCAAUGGAGCACCGCCUUCAUCAUUGCUGCUACCUUGACGCCGACGGAUCCCGUCUUGUCCGCCAGCGUGCUGGGCGAGGCGCGAUUCUCUACGAGGGUGCCAAGGAGGAUCAAGCACAUGCUGGCAGCCGAGUCCGGCUGUAACGACGGUACAGCCUAUCCGUUCCUCUACGCCGCCAUAUUCGCCGUCACGCAGGGUAGCAGGGCGGACUGGUCCAAGAUGUUCUUCCUGGAGACGAUCCUAUGGCAAUGCCUGUUCGGGAUCGCCAUCGGCGCCGUCAUCGGCCUGGGCGCGAACAGAGCACUCCGCUUCAGCGAGGAGAGGGGGUAUACCCAGGCGGCGACGCUCUUCGUCUUCUACUUCCUGCUGGCCAUAUUCGCGAUGGGCGUCGGCAGCACGCUCGGGCUGGACGACUUCCUCGUCUCCUUCUCGGCCGGCACGGCCUUCUGCUGGGACGGCUGGUUCCACCAGAAGACGGCCAGGAUGAAGCUGCCCAGCAUCAUCGACCUGCUGCUCAACUCGGCCAUGUUCGUCUACUUCGGCACCAUCAUCCCCUGGGACAAGUACGUCGGCACCGGGAACCUGAGCGCGUGGCGGCUGCUGGCCUGCACCGUCUCGAUCUUGCUCCUCCGGCGGCUGCCCUCCGUGCUGGCGCUCAAGAGGUUCGUCCCGGAGAUCCGCACCUGGAGCGAGGCCGUCUUCGCCGGCCACUUCGGGCCCAUGGGCGUCGGCGCCAUGUUCUUGGCCAUGGAGGCCAGGGGGCAGCUCGAGACGGGCUCUUCCACCCCAGACCCACACCCCCCGGCAGAGGGGCCGCACCAGGAGGCCAUACGGCACCUCUGGCCCGUGGUGAGCUUCAUCGUGCUGGGAUCCAUCAUGGUGCACGGCUUUUCUGCGGCCGUGAUGAGCAUAUACGGCCACCUCGCGAGGCAUCCGAAGCGCCGGGCAUCGCAGGUCGGAGGCGAGAUAGAGAGGCUGGCUGGCAUGGCUUCCGAGGACGAGGACGAGGACGAGGGGAGCGCGCUGUUUUCUGAAGACGAGGACGAGCGCAGGAUCGAAGGCAACGGCGAGAUUGCCAUACGUUGA